AUGUGCAGCUCCAACUCUCCGCCAGUCCUCGCCCCUGCUGGCACAGGCGUAUCCCCCUCGGCACUUAGCCACAUUCGCAUUGCUCGCCCAUCGCGCAGCAUUGACCGCGCUGAACACUUCUAUGUAACCGGCUUGGGCCUCAAACUCCUCUGGAAAUCAGACACCAACGUUACUGGGGGGCACGCCUUGCUGAUGGUUGGCUGGCCGGACGCAGCAUGGCAUCUCGAACUAGUUGAUGAUCCACACGGGGAAUUCCCGCCAGCACCAACGGAGGAGGAUUUACUGGUGAUAUACGUAGGAGAAGCCAUUGAUCCAGGGGUAAUUGAUAAGCUAGAAGAUGCCGGGGGAAAGAGGGUGAAGGCGAAGAAUCCGUAUUGGGAUGAGUGGGGGGUUACAGUAGAAGAUCCGGACGGGUAUCGGUUGGUUUUGUGUAGGAAGAGCUGGAAAAAUGAGUGA